AUGUGGCCCGAAGGGUUACAAAUGGAUCAAGAAAUCCUGCUCGAUGCAGGAGCUCAACUGCAUCGAUUGAAGAUGUUUCCAUACUUCGACAUCGCACAUUACAUUUUGGUUAUCUGUGAAGUACGCGAUGAUCUGGCGUCAUCGGCUGGCCUGUUCUCACGUAAGCAUCCACUCUCAUGCUGGUUGUCUUCGAUGCUGAUGUGCUUCGCCGAUUCUUUCCUGGCUAACUUCCUGCUUGGCGAACCAGUAAUUGCACCAUUCAAACGACACGACGAUAUUCUUCUGGCUACAAUCGUGUGGUAUCUAGUUUUUUAUGCACCUUUCGAUGGUGUAUAUAAACUGUCGAAAGUUUUACCUAUUAAAUGUGUACUGUCAGUGAUGAAGGAGGUCAAGAGGGCAUACAAAGUUACCCAUGGAGUUUCGCAUGCAGCUAAACUUUAUCCAAGUUCCUACAUCGUCCAGAUCUUGGUGGGAACUGCGAAGGGAGCUGGAUCUGGAAUUUUGAAGACAGUAGAACAGCUUGUGCGUGGCGUGUGGCUCCCAAAUCACAAUGAAGCUCUUCGACCUACGUUUGCAACCAAGGCCUGUUUGGUGGCAUCGAUAAUUAUGGCACUAGAAAAGAACAGCGUUUACAUCACAGCACCACACGAUAUUGUUUAUCUGUGCGUUGUCGGUUUCUUUGUGUACUUCAAACUCUCGGCAAUCUUCCUCAACGUUGUUGAUCCGUUUGCGCCGAUAGAAAAUUUGUUCUGUGCAGUGUUUAUGGGAGGAAUCUGGGAUGCAUUAUCGAGAGCUCUUGCUGCUGCUCGCGAACGACGUGCAGCGGGUCAUGCUACAGAGAAUGGAACAAUUGCAAGUGGAGAGAAAAAGGAUCAAUAAAACUACAACUAAGCUGGUUAGGAGUUCUAUGAAGAGCAUGCUAACGCUUCGAAUCAUUACCCUAUGAUCUGAGUGUGAAUUUUUUUUAUUUUAUCGACCUUCAUCCGAUCCUCUGGUCUGUAUGCGAACACUGUUUGUGUUGCCCAAUGGAUGCUCAUUGCUCAGCCUUUGCAUUUUUUCUAUGGCUGCGCUUUAUUUCAACAUGUACAUUUUUUAUUUGGAGUGGCCGUGCUUGUAUUUUGUACUUGUCAUAUGAUGAAAUAAAUUUGGCGCAAAAAA